AAUUGGUAGCGAAACUAAAAAUAACCUCAUGGAAAUUCCCUACAAAAAAACCCCACGUAACAACGCAAAAGCUCAGUGUCAAAUGCAUGGUGGGCCAAAUGCAUGAUGUGAUGCUGAUGUUCAUCCGUUGAGGAAAUAUACCCGAGGGCCCACACCAUGGCCAAACAAGCUUCGGACGAGUUUGAUGACGAGAUGCUUGAGAACGUUGCCAACUCGCUCGACCAAGCCUGGCCAACAGUCGCGACUUAUCUGAGUUUUGAUGACGGUGAUUGCCAGGCUAUCAUUGAGGCUCACCCAGGCCACAUCAACCAGCAGGCCCUUCAGAUGCUCACUGCAUGGAGGGCGGGCUACGCUGGAGCAGACAUCUUGGCUGAACUUAAAGGGGCACUCAGGGAAGUGGGACUACACACACUGCUUCAUGAGCUUGGUGAGGAAAUUCUGGAAACUCCAACACUCCAGAAAGUAGCGAAGAGUGUGGACGAAGAGUGGCCACAGUUAGCGCUGUAUCUUUCGUUUGACGUCGAGCAGUGUCAACAUAUCCAAGCAGCAUUCCCUACGACCAAGGAGCAAGCAGGUCAGAUGAUUGCGGCAUGGAGGCAGAGCUUUACCGGUGAUAACCCGGUAGAGUACUUGGCUACAGCACUCAUCGCUAUAGGGCGUGACGAUCUUGCUAGAGAGCUUGCACCUCAUCAGAAACAUCCUAAAUGCCACUGUGACAAUAACAAACCUCUGAAGUACCGGCCUUACUACAGCAAGGGGGAAGACGGAGGUUCUCGACUUCUCGGCAUCUGUUGUACUAACUGCGGUCAAGAGUGGCUGGAAGGGCGAUUCUUGUUUCAUCCAGACGAAGAUAACACCCGCCCCUCGGUGAAACUGCGUGGUGUCCUCCUCAAGAAACAACUUGAAGUACCCACUGAGAGCAACCCUGCAUUCCAGGUAAAAGGUAGUCGCACCAAAAUCGAAAAUUUUAAGUUCGUGUGCGAUUACCUGAAGGUGGGAGAUCACAUCACUUGGCGUCGCCAUUGGGGCUACUGGCAUCAUGCCAUCGUGUCAGAAAUUGAUGGAGUGGGAGGGCGCGUUAAGGUCAUUCAGUGGUGCAAGUCGGGUUGUGGUGUGAUAAAGAUCAUAGAAAAAUGGCUUGAGCUAAGCCAAGAAGAGGGGGAAUUGUAUCGCAUUGACUACGAAAAGAAGAUAACUGAGGUUAACACGCCUGAGUUGGUCAUUGCUCGGGCUAGAUCUAGGUUAGAUGACACUGGUUACGGAGUGUUCAGUGAUAAUUGUGAAGCAUUUGCGUCAUAUUGUAAGACCGGGCUUGCAGAAAGUUGGCAGGUUGUCUGGCUGUAUCAAAAGAUCAAAUCGGUCGUGAAGGGAGCCCUGGCGAGCGUUUUUGGUAAAGCCGGAUUCAUCGUGGCUAGAGAGUACGCCAAAGAUGGCGCAAAAGCAUUUCUUGAGCAAGGAACGGAGGCGGCUGCGAAGAAAGUAGUUGUUGCUGAGACAUUUGAGAGGCUUUCACAUGGCACCAAUGCCGUUGGCGCUGGUAUCAUUCUUGUCUUUGAUGGCUGCGCUUGCGUGUAUGAUCUCGACCAGAUUUAUAAAAACCGGAACAGGGGCGACUUAUCACGGCAAGACUUCAUAUCCAGUGCUUUCAGUCGUGUUUCUGAGGCGGUGCUUGGCGCUGGGCUAGCAGUUGGGGGAGGCAUUGCAGGGGAAUCGGUUGGAUUUUCGGCAGGUGCAGCGGCCGGAACAUUCAUUAUGCCGGGUCUAGGAACGGCUGUCGGGGCUUUCAUUGGGAGUAUUGUCGGAGGUGUGAUCGGGUCAACGCUCGGUAGGUACAUUGGGGUUUCCGUGGGAUCCCCGAUUGGUCGUGCACUAGCUAUAACCAUCGGGACUAAUGACAGAGCGGUGAAGAACAUUCGCGACCUGAAUCCAGGCGAUCAGGUUGUCUUCUUUGGCAAUCUUCUCCAUCCCAGACACCAUGCCAUAGUUGUGGAUUGUGACCCACUUAAGGGUAAGGUCAGGGUGGUACAUAACACCUACCAAAAUGGUGUAGUGGAAGAGCUAGUUGAUUUUUCACAACCCGUGUACAGGCUUGAGUAUGAUAAGGAAUGCUACCCACCUGACGAAGUCAUUAAGAGGGCUAGAUCUAAGAUCGGUGAUGAAACCUACAAAUACUCACUGGCUUUUAACAACUGUAAGAGCUUUGGUCGGUGGUGCAAGGUGAAAUAAUUGAUUUGACAUGUGAAUGGAGGAAGACCGAGUACUCGGGCAACGUUAACUGACUUUUAAGAUUGAGUUUUACUUGUUAUAAAACUUUCCAUUUUCCUGGUUUCACUGUAGAGAUGAAAAUGUAUCCGUUUAGCAGUGCUGAUGUAUGAACGAUAAAUUCAUUUGCCGAUAAAGAAAGGUGUAACAAGACUAAUGAAUGUGUGAUUUUCAUGGUGACAAAGAGCAGAAGUAGAUGUAUUUGUUUAUUCACGAAGAUAGUUAUUAUUGGACGUGGGAAUUUAAUUGAAAGUCUGCUUUCCGAGUCGAGACAAAAGUUUGAUAGUUCCGUGUGAUUUCAUUAAGGGCCAAGACUGUAAUGACGUAAUUAAAUACUUUAUUUUGAAAUUAUUGUGUGCCUACUGAACGUAUGCCAUUACAUUUUUAAUACACGAAGUAAUAACUUUGAGAUUGGUAAAAGUUGAACAAAGAAAUUGACUGGAGCGGAGUUCGAACCUGCGACCUCCAGAUUGCCGUUUCAGUGCUCUACCAACUGAGGUUUCCAGCCCUUUGUUAGCAGUUCCUCAAUUUGUCAAUAUUCCCCAUGUUGUUCAAGGGGCGCUAGUCAGAAGUCAUAAACCCGUAUAUGCUCUGUGGAGAUCACGCUCAAGGUCUUGAUGCAAACCUUGGAAAUAUCACCGGAAUAGCAAUCCGGAGGUCUAUAGUCAAUUUCUUUGUUGAACUUUUAAACAUUAUUAUAAUGCACCUAGCUAUUUUCCUUUUGUAGUUUAUUUGAAACUUUUAAAUGUAUAAGAUUUGUUUGCUGUGUUGUAGCUAAACCAGUGAUGUAGUGCCCUGAUGCUGGGCCUUGGCCUUAAGGCUGCCUUAAGGCUGGACUUUAGGG